CUCAUCUGGAAAGUCGCCGACCCUCGUGACAAAUCUGAUUCUGCGCGAAAACUGGGUUAUUGCGGCGAAAAUCUCAGCUGUACCAGGUAUAAUUCCUUGGAAAACUUUGAGGAACGUAUCACGAUCAGAAAUUCUCCUGUAAAUGGGACAUUGUACAUAGAGCAAGAGAUCAAGGAUGACUUAUUGACUUUCACUUGCUCUGUGCAAAGAAAACAGAACAAGGACCCCCUCGUUCACCAAGUGAAUGUUUUCUCUUCUGUGAACUGUGAGUAGAAUUCAGUGAUGGAUAUUUUUUUGCUUCUAUUUUUAUGCCUCAUUUAGUGUGCGCACUGUGAUUGCUUAGCGGUUUAGUGGGCCGGAUAAAUCACUGUAAUAUAUAAGGACCGUAAAUUUAAAAGUUUGCUUUGCAGGCGUGGAUCCAGGUUCGACCGAGUCCUAAACGAGCGAGCCCAAGGCGCAACCUUCUAGGGGGUCAGGGGCGGGCUCCUAUCCCUUACUCAUUAAGUAGAUUAAGACCUGGGUCAUUACAGAGUUUUCAGAAUUUUUAAAGGGGAGUGGUAUAACGUAAAGUAUUUUCAAGAAAUCCCACGACUAACAAUUUAAGGCCAAUCAUAACCAAGAAAUCUUCCAAUUUCAUUUUAAAAAUUGUUUAUAACAGCAUCACGUCACCAGCCACGCCCUGAUUUAUCGAGAACUCCUUUGAGUCGAAAUUCCCACCAGAAAGAGAGUAACCUAUUUUCCUUCAGUAGGUCCAAAAAGUGGCUACUAAUAGUCUUCAUGUAAAAACAAUCAGAAUGAGGCGAGGUCAAUAAACCUCUUUCUCCUGUCGAUAAUUUUAAAUAAACCUCUUUCUCCUGUCGAUAAUUUUAGUUGGAGGAGAACUGGCACUAGUCAGUGAACACCCAUUGCACCUGCCAAUUGUAACGCCUCGAACCAUUCCGAGCUGAUUUCUUAGACACUUUGUAGGGACAAUGUUUUGAUACAGAGAAACUUGAGCUACUUGUUUGGCAAGUGGUGGGAAUCGUUGGUUACAAUUUUUGAACAAUGGAGGGCGUAGUCAAUCACGUGUCCGAAUAAUUUCAAUUUCUUUUUUCAAGUUUUUUAAGUUUAGUUUACCUCCCCAGAUAUCGUCCCUUGUGGAUGUUUUUAACCAUAGUUUUUGGAAACCGUACAUAAAAACCAUAAAUGACUUAGACCCAGGCAUUAAUCUACCUGAGCAGGAAGUUUUUUGGAUUUUUUCUCCUUAACUGAGUUCCCUUUCCUCGGUUUUCCGAGGCAUUUAGACAGAUUUAAGUUGGAAAACUUUUUUUAUUGUUAAAAAUAUAUUUAACAUGAAAAAUGUGAGUACGAGAGAACGACUGGACAACUGACAAUUUGACUAACAAUAGACGACUGCCUAACUGUAACAAUAGACGGAUCGAAACGCACCAAUUACAUUUACUUACGAGUCUUCAUAGCCAAUAACAUCACGGCUAACUGACAGAUAGCCAAUAACAUCGCAUAAUAGCGAAAUGCGCGAGUGACGUCAUCAAAUCUAGACCCCCCCACCCAAACCCCGAAAGAGUCAGACAAACACAACUGUCAGUGAAAGAAAUGGAGGAAUAUUUAAAGAUUUCUUCGAGCUCGAGGCAGUGGCCUCAAUUGUUACAGAAUAUGACAGAGACCCGGGUUCAAACUAUGCUGAUGAGCAACUAAAGUAAUGAGUAAAAAGCCGGGGCUUCAAGCAAGCGGUUAAAAGGAGUUAUUUAUUCACAAGUGUGAGCGAUUCGCUCGCUCUAGAAAAGUCCUACGACGGCUUAUCCUUGACUGAAGUACAGACGAUGGCAAGUAAUAAAUUCUGCAUUCAACCUUCUGGAAAGAGCAUCUAAGAAGUAAAUAAAGAGGACUUAUGUAUGUACUAUUGAUGUUCAGAUAAAUUGAUCUCAGUGUAACAGUAUAAAAUGUAUAUUGUGUGUGUACAGGUUUUCAUUUUCUCGGUCUUUUGCACUAACUACCUUGAGGGAGGUCACCACUUGCUUUUAAUUAAGUUGUCUUCAUAAUUUAAUUCAUUCUUCAGAAUGAUAAGCUUAAGCUUAUAUAUGUAAAGUGAGUAAAAUCAUUUAUCGUUUCGAUUGUUGCUUAGUUCUUGCCUCUUAAACUAGGCAGUUUGCUGAACAGUUGUGCAUGCUGACUUUUUUUCCGAACCUUAACUGAUCCUCGUGUUUCGAUCUGGACUGGUCAAAAUCAUGUUUAGUUUAUUCGAUAGACGCAUUCGACUGGUAAAAUGCUCUUCGUAUAUGAAAGGGAUUGAGAAAUUCUUCACAGCGGCUGUUUCUCCUAGCCAGUAAAAUCCACAAACGUUUGUGUUUCUGGUAAUACAGGGGCGUAGCCAGGAUUUUUCAAAGGAGGGGUCACAGCAGGGACACCAUACAGGGAUCGCCGACUAUAUUUGGUUUAUAUCGCUGCUCUCCCUGGUGUAUCAGCGGGCUCAGUCGUAUUAUCGCGGCAUGAAGGCCAAUAUUAACGAACGACAAGAGCCGUUGAUGAAAAUACUUUACAAAAAAACAAAGUUUAAAAAAGUGGGCUUUUCAACAAUGGCUUUUACGGCCAAGAUAUUGUCAUGGCGUUUUCGCCACCUGAAUAUUGUAGGUUGUUUGCUCAAAAGAAGGCCUACCAAGGGGGGGUCACGGGCACCCCAGGACCCCCCCUAGCUACACCCCUGUAAUAUUAUCGACCGUAAAAUUUUCACGGGAACAAGCGUUAAUUAAUCGAGCCUUGACAGCGAUCAAGUUUUUGCAAUGGCUUCCGUGACAUCUCACAGGGGUAAUAGAUAUUUUCACACUCGAAUUCAGUAUUUCUAUGAGCGAUCGGAGUAGCUUUCCUGGAUACCUAGAAUUCCUUUUGCAUGGCUCCAACAAUAAUGCAUAGCACUGAAUAAAAUUAAAGGCCUAAAAACGCCUUUUUUGACUCAAAACCUUGCCUAAAUUCCCUCUUUUCCUCUCUGAAAGGCCAGUGUUUGUCUGAGUCUCGUGGGGGGUCCAGAGAUAUGCAAUCUAUUUUUUACAAACCGCGCGCUUCGCGACUGACCAAUCAGGACAACAACCAGAGUAUAAUACCAUCAACUGACGUGAUACAACUCACUUUGACUCUGAAGAUGACUACCGCACAGGUUGCCAAAGCGUCAGUCACUGUGAACAAAAACAGUCCUAUUCAGGACUACGUUCACCCAGACGAUCAAACUCAACCUACUUUUAUAAUGAGUAUUAUAGGCGUGAAAGGAAUGUUUUUGAAAAAGUCACGAUUUGGGGCUCUCAUGUUUAUGAGUUGUCGCGCGUAGAGAUCAUCAACAUCCGUCCUGCUUGAAUUGAAAAAUAUAUACUACUUUUCUCGAUCUGUACUGUAAGUUACGGGAACUCUUUUUUCCUGCUCGGAUUUAUGGCCCAAGGGCAAUAAGCAGUAUAUUUCUCGAGCUCUGAUCGGCUGAUAGUCACUUAGUCACUAUAGUUCCAAACGCAUUAAGCUCCUUAGUUUUCAGUUCAGUAUUCGAAAUUUUUAUCAUCGAUGAAAACUUUCUCGUCCUGAAAGAUCGACAACAGGAAAAAGAUUGUGCUCAAGAUAUUCAAUCGAGUAUAUUUAGCGGUGUUUUUCAAGCGUUGUAGCCUGCGAACGCAAACGUCGCCUCUCUCCACCCCAAGAGUUACUUUUUAGGUGGAGAGAAGCGAUUACUGGAAAUAUGUUGCGUUUGUAGUCUGUAAAUUUCAAGCCAAAUUCAUCGGUAACCGGCUGCGCUUUUAUUAGCCUAUUUGAUUCAACGAACCAAUUGAGAAAAUGAUCUCAUGUUGCCGUGCGACUGUUCAGAAAUCACAGAUAACGUCAAAAUGUGGUAAGAACAUAGCACACGAGCCGCCACAGGCGAGUGUGGUAUCCCUGCUAAAUGCGCAUGUGGGCCUAUGGUCCAAGUGAACAAAGGCUGUUGUAAUGUAUGAACAUUUUCGUGCAUUGAUCAAGGCUUUAUUUUCAUCUUUUCAGGCCUGACUUUAACUGCAAAGCAAGCUUUUAACCUCAGCGGGGCACUAGGUAAAAUGGUCUCCACAGCUGGCAUUCAAGAUAUGUGGUGGUAC